AGUUUCUUGCCUCGAGGGAGUAGGUAAACGCAAACACCUUCAGCAUCUUUUCCAAGCCGCGCGCUUUGACGCGAGCCGCAGCCUCAUGGCGAGCCGCGGGAAACAGCAGAGCAGUCCGGCGGAUGGAGUGCGCGGAACCUUCCUCUGCUAUGGAGUUUCUCUAUGAAGGCUGCGCAAACUUUUCUGACGUCUUGAGCGCUUCAGCGACAGAAGUGACCAAACCCAGCCCACCUCCAAGAGUGUUUCCACCUAAUUCUUCUUUGACUGGACUGCAAAUAUGCCAAUCUUGGAGAAACAGGCUGCUGAUGGUCGAGACAGCCAAUCUGAUUUAUUGUUGUUCCAGGUGCUGCCAAAAGUCCCUGUCCCUCCACUUACACAAACCCUCGACAUGUACCUGAAGAGCGUUCAGCACCUGGUGAAGGAGGAGCAGUUCAAGAAGACAAAAGCCAUUGUUGAAAAGUUUGGAGCUCCUGGAGGAGUUGGAGAGGCUCUGCAGAGGAAGCUUUUAAAGCGGAGGGAGAAAACUACUAACUGGGUUUAUGACUACUGGCUGGAGGACAUGUAUCUGAACAACAGGCUACCUUUGCCUGUCAACUCCAGUCCUGCCAUGGUAUUUCCAAAGCAGCCAUUCAGAGACCGGACAGAUGCCCUCAGAUUUGCUGCCCGACUCAUCUGCGGAGUGCUGGAGUAUAAGGCACUCAUAGAUAAGCGAGCUCUGCCAGUGGAUUUUGCCCGAGGGCAACUAGCUGGGACUCCUCUGUGCAUGGAGCAGUACUAUCGCCUCUUCACCUCCUACCGCUAUCCUGGCUUAAAGACAGACACGCUGAGAGUGAACGCUGCCUCCAAAGCCCCAGAGCACGUGAUUGUGGCGUGCAAGAACCAGUUUUUCGUGUUGGAUGUGGUCGCAAACGACAAGCAGCUCAGUGAGGUGGAAAUCCUCGGCCAACUGGAAAAGAUCAUGAAAACGUCAGAAAAUUCUAAAGAUGGGUGUCCACCAAUGGGCCUCCUGACAUCAGAUGGGAGGACAGAAUGGGCACGAGCUCGAGAAGCUCUGACAAGAGAUCAGGUCAACCGGGAUUCUUUGAGCCUGAUUGAGAACUGUUUGGGAGUUUUGUGUUUGGAUGAGCCCUGCGGCCUGCAGCCCAAUGACACCAACAGAGCCCUGAUGAUGCUGCACGGUGGUGGUGCUGAAAAGAACGGGGCAAAUCGCUGGUAUGACAAGUCGAUGCAGUUUAUCGUAGGGAUGGAUGGGAUAUGUGGAGUAGUGUGUGAGCACUCUCCGUUUGAAGGAAUAGUGAUGGUGCAGUGUUCUGAACACCUGAUUAAAUACAUAAAAAAAACCCCACCUGAGAUGGUUAAGUCCUCCAGCUUUCGAGAGCUUCCCCCACCAAGGAGACUGCAGUGGAAAUGUGACCAUCAAACCCAAGCUCUCAUAGAAGCAGCUGGACACAGACUUCAGAGGCUAGUGGAUAAUCUCGACAUGGAUGUCUUCACAUUCAAAGCCUAUGGAAAAGAGUAUAUCAAAAAGCAGAAAGUGAGUCCAGACGCUUUCAUACAAGUUGCCAUGCAGCUUGCUUUCUACAAGUGCAGAGGAAGGCUGGUGUCCACCUAUGAGAGUGCGUCCAUCCGUCGCUUUCAAGACGGUCGGGUGGACAAUAUUCGCUCAGCCACUCCUGAGGCUCUGGCUUUUGUGAAGUCCAUGACAGAUGAAAGAGAUACGUUCUCCGAUUUGGAAAAAAUGAAACGACUGAAGGAAUCAAUUAAUGCCCAGACCAAUUACACGAUUGCAGCUAUAUCAGGAAUGGGAAUAGACAAUCAUCUUCUUGGAUUACUGAGGAGUGCAAAGGAGCUCAACAUGGAAAAGCCAGAGAUCUUCUCUGAUGAGACAUAUGUGACCAGUAACCAUUUCAUCCUCUCUACUAGUCAGGUUCCCACAACAGAGGAAAUGUUCUGCUGCUACGGCCCUGUGGUGCCCAACGGCUACGGCGCCUGCUAUAACCCCCAGUCAGACCACAUCAUCUUCUGCGUGUCCAGUUUCUGGGAAGACACAGAGACGAGCUCGGCUGUUUUCGUCUCGGCUCUGAACGAGGGCCUGCUGGAAAUCAGGGAACUUUGCAACAGGAGCAGUGCUGCAGUAUCCAAACCGGCUGACAGCAGCCAGGGAGCCAGUCACGCUCCAAAGUCAGGGAAGUAAGUCCCACCCACAAAGCUACUGCUCCGCACUUUGACCUAAACUUAGUUCCUAAAAUGCUUUUUGUGUUGUUUGUUCAAUAGUACACCUUCACCAACAAACUGCAAAGCCUUAACACUGAUGUUUAUUUUUGUAAAUAUUAAAAUAUAGACCUUAUUCAUAAUAUAAAGUAUAAUUUUUGCUCUGUAGAAGUGAAUCUGGGUUCAGCAUUGACUGCGAUAGCCUGAGGUUAACUGGUCUGCUCCCUUUAGGAAUCUGAAGCCAUGUCCUCUUUGAAGCACUGAUCUGAGGUUCAGUUCCUCUAACAGAGAGUGAUUCAGCAGAGUGAUCUGAUGUAGAAUAGAUGUGUAACAUAAAAAAAUGUAGGUUAGUGGCUUUAGCUAGCAAGAAAUAUCCCAAACAACCUUAAUCUAUAUGCAGUUAGGAGAAAAAAAUGUGCUAAAAAGCUAUUUAACCUGCCAGGUUUUUGUUUAUUUUCCAAUUUUUUUCAACUCUAGUUAGGUUUAAAAAAAUGUUUUUUUUUCUGUCUGGUUAGACACUCAAUAAAUAAAAAUAUAUUAAUGAAAAAUGUUAAAUACAAAAUAAUGUCUGGUAUUUUCAGUGGUACUUUUGAGUCUUGAAUGCUUUAAGUAAUAGUUAUAAGUGUUUUAAAGUCUGCUGCUUUUUAACUACAGUUCUGCAAGAACUGAGACGAACCAUCGUCUUUAUGUUUAGGACCCAGAAAGUCCUUUUUAUGAUGUUGAGGUAUAAUCAGUGUAGCAAUGCUACACUAUAGAUAAGGUUUGCUCUAUCACAAAAAAGUACAGUAAGGGUAAGAGUGCAAUUUCUUAGCUACAGAUGCACUGAGUUGUGCAAUAUGGAGAAUUAUCAGCUGCUAUUUUUGACAAUUCCAUGUUUAGAUACUAAAGUAAAUGCAUGUUUUAGUGGAAGAUGUUUUAUUUAAAAAGGUGCUCUGUAUGUUUAUCAGUGAAUAUGCUGUGAGUGUAAGUCAAUAUGGGCUUGCUUGUGCUGCAGUGAAACAAAACAGUGAUAAAAGUAUAAUUUUAUUUUUAAUAUCAGUAUUUUUUUGUGUUCUGUGUCUGGGAGACACCAACAGUUCCAAAGUAAAUGUGAAACAUUUCAAAGACUGUAUCAUACAAAGAUUAUGUGUUACAUAUUUGCAUGUCUAUUCUCAAGUGAAGCUGUAUUUUUUAUAUAUCUUUGUAAAAAUGUUAUACAUCAUUUGAAUUGAAAAACAUAUAUACAGAGAAAAACAAAAUGCCUUAACGUGAGUUGUGAUUUCUGUCUAAUCCAGUGAUAAAUCAGUGUAAUUGUACCGGCUGAGUAGAUGUGCUUCUAUUUGACUUGAUGUUUGCAGUCUAACAUGAGAGAAAAAUGUCCUAAAACGUCAUAUUUAUGGUGUGUUGUUUGGUUCUAUAGUUUCAGAUGCUUUUACUCAGAGAAACAUACAGAUAGUAAGAAAUAAAAUGGACACUAUGAUUACAUUAAUGUAAUUUAAAGUACUGAUUAUGAUUGUGUACAUCAGGAAAGUAUAUUUAUAUGAAGAAAUUACCUCUUAAUAGUGAAUAUAUUGGAAAUGCUGUAUUUUUCAGUUAUAGCAGUGUUUUAGUGAUUGCCAAAAUCUCAGAAAAAUGAAUCUCAUAGAAAAGUUAUGAAGUUGUCCAGAAAUAAAGAGAAAAGAAUAAAUUU